UAUCUUAAUAUAUCAGUAUCUUCUUUGGUUCAUCACUAAACUUACUUUGCCAAAUACCGAGAUGGUAGCUACAAACAGUAGUGACGUUCCAACCAACUAUAAUAGGAAAAGUGAACUGAAAGCUUUCGAUGACACAAAGGAAGGUGUUAAGGGCCUUGUUGAUGCUGGAAUAACUGAGAUUCCUAGAAUCUUUCAUCAUCAUCAACCAGAUGAGUACUCCAUCAAUGGUUCCAGUGAUCCAAAAGAAAUCCAAUUUAGCAUUCCAGUCAUUGAUCUCGAAGGACUUCUCGAUUCAACUAGACGAAAGGAGAUAGUUGCUAAAGUUGGAGAGGCAUCAGAGACUUGGGGCUUCUUUCAGAUAAUUAACCAUGGAAUACCUGUUCAUGUUCUUGACGAGGUUAAAAAUGGGGUACGUCGGUUUUAUGAGCAGGACACUGAGGUGAAGAAGCAGCUGUAUAAUCGCGAUCACUUCAAGAAUCCUAUGCUCUACAAUAGCAAUUUCGAUCUGUAUAGUGCACCAGCGACUAAUUGGAGAGAUACUUUUGUGUGUUACAUGGCUCCAACUCCUACUAAGCCAGAAGACUUGCCAGAAGUAUGUAGUGACAUACUUGUUGAGUACUCAAACCAAGUAAUGCAGUUGGGGAAGCUAUUGUUCGAGUUAUUAUCAGAAGCUCUUGGAUUGAAGUCAAGUCAUCUGAAUGACCUAGAUUGUAGCGAGGGCCUUCAACUUUUAGGCCAUUACUAUCCCCCUUGUCCACAGCCAGAACUAACUGUAGGCGCAACCAAACAUGCUGAUAAAUCCUUCCUCACUGUUCUUCUGCAAGACCAUAUUGGUGGUCUUCAAGUCCUUCACCAGAACAAGUGGAUUGAUGUAGCCCCCGUGCCGGGGGUUCUUGUGGUUAAUAUUGGAGAUCUUUUGCAGCUCAUAUCAAAUGACAGAUUUAAGAGUGUCGAACACAAGGUACUGGCAAAUCGUAGAGGUCCACGGAUAUCGAUUGCAAGCUUUUUCAGCACAGGAAUGUUGCCAUCACCAAAGCUCUAUGGACCAAUAAAGGAGUUACUAUCAGAAGACAAUCCUCCAAAGUAUAGGGAGACUACUGUUAGGGAAUAUGUUGUCCACUUCAAUGAGAAAGGCCUAGAUGGCACCUCCGCUUUGUCUCACUUUAAGGUAUUUGGAUCGGAAGAUGAUAUACCACCAACACAAGAACAUUAUGAACCGUCUCCGGCCGCUAAGAACCCAACUAACAUCCGGGUCCAGUGUCUAUUGCCACGUGAGAGAAGUCAGAUUUUGCCGCUCAAAGGAUUUCCACGCUAUAAGCCCGUAAACAUCGGGCGAUCGGGCUUCAUGAUGACUCAAACACUUUUACCCGCAUCAUAUGGAUCUCGCAAGACUUUAUCAUUCAAGAACCAACCUGUGAGAGACUUUGUGAAUGGUGAGGCUCGAACUUGGACGGGAGUUCCAGUCAAGCAAGUGCCUUGUCAUUCGUUCCAACCCUCCUUGGCCAUUCCAAAAAUAUUCAAACUCUAAUUUUAUGGUCUUUGCUUUAAUUCUUACAUAUGCGUAGCCGAUCACGUAGCAUGAGAUGGCUGUUUGAAUAAGAUUUGUUUCAGCUUCUACCACCUAUUUGUCGGAUAGUAUUGUCAACUUUGAAUAAACAUUAUUAUCACUAUCAAUUGCAAAAAUAAAAAUGAAUCUUGCACGCUUCAACUUGGAAGCGAAAGAUUGAAUUGCCAGCGUUAA